UUCUUCUAUUUCUUCUUCGUUUAAACUUUUAGUUUUUUUGAUAUAUUUUUCCAUCUUUGAUUUAAUCAUUCCAGGGAGGGAAAAGGGGCAGUUUUUUUUAGAUCUCCCGUUUUUCUCAAAUUUGACUCCCCUGUUUUAUUUCAUAAUACAACGAAAAAAAUAUGGAAGAAAUCGAGUAUCCUUUUGGAUUCAACAAUGGUGUUGCUAUUGGGUCUUCCCUGUCCCAGCUUAUAUUAUCGGGUGGCUCAAAUACCCUAGAUUCAAUCUUCUCUCAUUGUCCACCAUCCACGACCACCACCACCACCGAGCCAUUAGGCUCUUCAGUCUAUCUCCGCCAGCGAGACCAGCUACAAAAGUUCAGUCAACAGAACAAACAGAACGAUUCCUUCUCCUGCAACUCUCUUCGUUUUCCUUCUCCGGCGUCGACGAGCAGCUACUUUAGUCCUCCAAAGAAGAAGCAAUACAGAGGGGUGAGGCAAAGACAGUGGGGGAAAUGGGUGGCCGAAAUUAGACUCCCGCAGAACAGAAUGCGAGUGUGGUUAGGGACUUACGAAACAGCCGAAGCCGCCGCUUAUGCAUACGAUCGUGCUGCUUAUAAGCUUAGAGGGGAAUACGCAAGGUUGAAUUUUCAAAACCUCAAGGAUCCAAGUAAUCUGGGUUUCGGCCAUGGUGCUCGGUUGAAUGCACUGAAGAACACAGUGGAUUCAAAGAUUCAAGCCAUUUAUCAAAAACUGAAAAGAGAGAGAGCUAAAAAGAAAGCCAAAAAGGCCAACUACAACCACCCUGCUGCUGCUGCCUCCUCCCCUGAAGUUAAGGUAACGGAACCGAGUUCGUCGUCUUCAUCUUUAUCGCCGGCGGUUUUGAGUGAGAGUUUAAGCAACGAGUUGCUGUCACCGAGUUUGUCUGAAGGUGGAUCUUGGAGAUGUGAGAAUUCGGCGUCCUCUGUUUCGAAUGAUUAUCCGAUAAUGAUGGUGGAGGAACAACAAUACGAGGAGUGUUGGCUUGCAAGAAUGCCGUCUUUUGAUGCUGAAUUGUUAUGGGAGAUUCUCGCUAAUUAGGGAUAUAACAUUAUCUGCUUCAAAUCUUUUCACAAAGUGAAAAUUUCAGCAGAUAAACACCGGGAGAGACUGUUUUUCUAUUUUGUGUUUCAGUAGUGUAAAAAUGGUAACUUUCGUUGUUAUGCUUAGUGUUUUCUGGCUUGGGCUUGUAGGAAUAAGAUUCUUGCUACUUCCGUUUCAAA